AUGGCUGCGCAAAUCACGACUGUCGCGGAGACCAAGGAACUCCGUGGCUUGAACCUCAUCGCUGCCCAUUCGCAUAUUAGAGGACUUGGUGUCGAUGCCGAUUCUUUACAACCUAGGACCUCAUCCCAGGGUCUUGUGGGCCAGGAGAAGGCACGAAAGGCCGCUGCCGUAAUUUUGCAGAUGGUCAAAGAAGGCAAGAUCGCUGGCCGCGCAGUGUUAAUUGCAGGACCUCCCAGCACAGGUAAAACAGCACUUGCCAUGGGAAUGGCGCAAUCUCUCGGGUCCGAUGUCCCCUUUACAAUGCUCGCUUCUUCAGAGAUAUUCUCAAUGGAAAUGUCGAAAACCGAAGCGCUUACUCAAGCUUUCCGAAAGUCCAUUGGCGUUCGGAUCAAAGAAGAAAGCGAGAUCAUUGAAGGUGAAGUGGUGGAAAUCCAGAUAGAUAGGAGCGUCACUGGUGGUAACAAACAAGGGAAACUCACCAUCAAAACCACCGACAUGGAGACAAUCUACGACAUGGGCACGAAGAUGAUCGACUCCAUGACCAAAGAGCGUGUGAUGGCCGGCGACAUAAUCUCUAUCGACAAGUCAUCGGGCAAAAUUACGAAGUUGGGUCGUUCGUACGCACGUUCACGAGAUUAUGAUGCGAUGGGUGCUGAUACCAAAUUCGUGCAAUGCCCUGAGGGGGAACUCCAAGUGCGCAAGGAAAUUGUGCAUACCGUGAGUCUUCAUGAAAUUGAUGUCAUCAACUCGCGGUCACAAGGAUUUCUGGCUCUCUUUUCCGGUGAUACCGGAGAAAUCAGGAGCGAGGUUCGGGAUCAGAUCAACACAAAGGUCGCUGAAUGGAAGGAAGAGGGCAAGGCGGAAAUAAUCCCUGGCGUUCUCUUCAUUGACGAAGUUCAUAUGCUGGAUAUCGAAUGCUUUUCCUUCAUUAAUCGCGCUUUGGAAGCUGAACUUGCGCCAAUUGUCAUCAUGGCCAGUAAUCGCGGCCAAGCCCGCAUUCGGGGGACAACCUAUAGUUCUCCCCACGGACUGCCUCUCGACUUCCUUGAUCGCGUGGUCAUCGUGAGCACACAACCCUACUCGGCUGAUGAGAUCAGACAGAUUCUGGCCAUCAGAGCCCAGGAGGAAGAAAUUGAUCUCUCGCCUGACGCUUUAGCACUUCUGACCAAGAUUGGCCAAGAGUCAAACCUCCGAUAUGCCAGCAAUAUCAUCACUACGUCUCACCUCCUGAGCCAAAAACGAAAGGCAAAAGAGGUCAGCAUCGACGAUGUUCAGCGCAGCUACCGACUAUUCUAUGACCCUGCUCGAAGCGUCAAGUUUGUGAAUACGUAUGAGCAGCGCUUCAUUAGCGACCAAGGCAACGUAACCUUCUCCGCUGCAGCAAAUGGAGACGCUAUGGAGAUCUCUUAG